AUGCCAUCCUACCACGAAGCCCUAGGCCUCCUCAUUACCGAGGCACAACAUACACCACCAACAACAGAGAGAGUACCACUAUGCGAUGCCCUCAAUCGCGUCUCGAAUUGCACAUACAACAGUCCCUCCUCGAACCCCAAGCAUGAUACCUCCGCCAUGGAUGGCUAUGCAUUGAAUUCCGCCGCCACCAAAACAGCCUCCCCAUCGACACCCAUCAUCUUCCACGUCGCAGGCACAACUGCCGCCGGCGAUUUACCCAUGGUCAUCUCUGGCGAGCCCGACUCUGAUGCUUCGGUAUAUCCGUGCGUGGAGAUCAUGACGGGCGCGAGAUUCCCGGAAGCGAUUGAAGGUGAUCAUAGACCGUUUGAUGCAUGCGUCAAAUUAGAAGAUGUGGAGGUCUUGGUCGGGAAGGGAGAGAGGCCAUCGGGGAAUCGGUAUAUACAGGUUGUCAAGCCGGUGGAUGCAAGCCAAAAUAGAAGGGUGGCGGGGACUGAUUUCGUGGAGGGGGAUGCUGUCGUUAGAGCUGGGGAAAGGAUAAGACCCAGGCAUGUCAUGGCGUUGGCGGCUGUUGGGGUUAGAGAAGUCGAGGUGACAAGGAGAGUAAGGGUUGGGGUGUUUUCGACAGGAAAUGAAUUGUCAGCGGAUGCACGCAGUCGAGUUCACGAUGUCAACGGGCCGUAUGUCACGACUUGUUUGCGGGAUUGGGGUGUUGAUGUCGAUUUUCUGGGGGUGCUAGAUGAUGGAGCUGAGAAGAUGGUAUCGGCGCUGGAAAGUCAUCUGCGCGACAACAAAUACGACAUCAUCAUCAGUACCGGCGGGGUAUCGACAGGGCGAUUCGACCUCAUUCCGGCUGCAUUGGAAGAUCUUGUUGCACGAGUCAUCUUUCACAAAAUCCCUAUCCGUCCUGGUCAUCCGGCUCUUUUCGCGAAGAUUCCUGUACCUGAUGCAGAUGGACCCGAGACAGCCUUCUUUGGCAUGCCCGGAAAUCCCGUCGCCAGUGCUGCUUGUCUCCGCUUCCUUGUCCUGCCGUAUAUUGAACGUCUUCAAGGCAACUCGCCGGAAUCUGCAAUUAAAGCAACAAUACGACGAGACCACGAGGAACCGCAAACCAACGGCACCACCAAAUAUGACACAAACAGAUUUGGUACCCUUGUAUCAAAAUGUCCAUCCGACAAAGAUGUCUUUCGUCCGGGCAUAUUCCGACGCCAACCAACAAGCGAAUCAGACGUCAUGCUCAUAAACGAUCACAGCCCAGGAAAGAUUAAGCCAUUCCUCGAAUCCAACUGCUGGAUUCAUAUUCCCCAAGGCAAAUCAGAACUGCAUGAGGGGGAUACUGUCGAUGUCUUCCUCAACGAAUGA